CUGGCUUAGGAAUAUCCACGGUCAUUUUCAUCAACAGACACACUCAAAUCGAGCAAUGGAGAGCACCGUCGUGCUCUACACAUGGAAGGCCAGGGGGCACCUCCACCCCAUGAUGCAGUUCGCCGAGCACAUCGCCAGCCACGGCGUCCCGGUCACCGUCGCCAUCGCCGACGUUCCGUCGACGGGUGACUCCCCUGAGACCAUCGCCCGUCUCUCUGCCUCCUACCGUUCCGUCUCCUUGCACCUGCUUCCACCGGCGCCGGUGGCCCGUUCCGGCGACACGGUCGACCCUGACGCUGACCCCUUCAUCACCCUCCUCGCCGACCUCCGUGCCACGGACGCCGAGCUCGUCGCAUUCGUCCGCUCCCUCCCAUCCGUGAAGGCCCUCGUCGUCGACUUCUUCUGCGCGUACGGGCUCGACGCGGCCGCGGAGCUCGGCGUCCCGGCCUACCUAUUCUUCACGCCCUCCGCGUCGGCCCUUGCUUCCUUCCUGCACGUCCCCGUCAUGCAAUCCGCCGUGUCGUUCGGGGAGAUGGGGCGCUCCUUGCUGCACUUCCCCGGAGUCCAUCCGAUCCCGGCGUCCGACAUGCCGGACGUCCUGCUCGACCGCGACAACUACCAGUACAAGACAGUCAUUGCGUUCUUCGAGCAGCUGGCCAAAGCGAAGCACAUACUGGCGAACACGUUCGAGUGGCUGGAACCCCGCGCCGUGAAGGCAAUACAAGACGGGAUCCCACGCCCCGGCGCGCCCGCGCCGAGAUUAUUCUGCGUUGGUCCCUUGAUCGGAGAGGAGCGGGGAGGCGACCAGAAGAAGCACGAGUGCUUAAGGUGGCUGGACGCGCAGCCGGCGCAGAGCGUGGUCUUCCUCUGCUUCGGGAGCGUGAGCUCGGUUACAGUGGAGCAGCUAAAGCAGAUCGCCGCGGGGCUGGAGAGGAGCGAACACGCUUUCCUCUGGGCCGUGCGCGCGCCGGUCGCGCCGGACGCUGAUUCCACGAAACGGUUCGAGAGCCGCGGGGAGGCGUCGCUGGAGUCGCUGCUACCGGAGGGGUUCUUGGACAGGACCCGGGGCCGCGGGCUGGUGCUGCCGUCGUGGGCGCCGCAGCUGGAGGUGCUGCGACACCCGGCUACCGGCGCGUUCGUGACGCACUGCGGGUGGAACUCGACGCUGGAGGCCAUCGCGGCAGGGGUGCCGAUGGUUUGCUGGCCGAUGUACGCAGAGCAGAAGAUGAACAAGGUGUUCAUCGUGGAGGACAUGAAGCUUGGGGUGGUGAUGGAUGGCUACGACGAUGGGAUGGUGAAGGCAGCGGAGGUGGAAGCGAAGGUAAGGCUGGUGAUGGAGUCUGAGCAAGGGAGGGAGAUCAGAGAGAGGAUGGCCUUGGCGAAAGAGAUGGCCGCUCGGGCCAUGGAGGUCGGUGGAUCAUCGAUGGCAUCAAUCGCUGAUUUUCUUAGCAGCUUGAAGUUAGCGACGUCGACGGACAAUUGAUCUGGCAUCAAAAAGCGCAAGGCGGUAUUCUCCCUUUCUCAAUUGUUGUCCAAUACGUCACAGAUUUGUUCAAUUAUACAUCUUUUCCUGCAUGAAAACUGUUAUAAAACUGUCCCCAUAAUCAAUAUUCAAAACGGAAGGCUGAAGCAAGUCAAGCAACGAUAAAAUAUUCAAAACUAACUAUGACACUGAAACACAGUAUUUGUUACUGAGAUCUGGAGACAUUGGUUACGAGCCAUUCUCUCCGCUCUAUCAUGGUAUCUGUGACAAUCAACCGACAUCAUCAUUGGUCAGUAAUACUCUAACCUAUGCUAAAGUGGUUUUAUUCGGCGUAGUCGUCUUUAUAAUUACAAAAGGGGUUCAUCUCUUUAAGCCUAGAAUAAAG